CCCUCCCUGUCUGCAGGGGGAUUCCUGGAGCUCCUCCUUGCUCUGCUGCUGCUGGAGAUCCAUGUUAGUGGCAGCUGUCCCGUGGACUGUGUCUGCUACCCAUCGCCCAUGACUGUCAGCUGCCAGUCCCACAAUUUCCUUACCAUCCCAGAGGGCAUCCCUGAGGAGAGCGAGCGCAUCUUCCUGCAGAACAACCAGAUCUCCCUGCUGCUGCGGGGCCACUUCAGCCCUGCGCUGGUAACCCUUUGGGUCUACUCCAACAACAUCACCUUCAUCGACCCAAACGCCUUCGACGGCUUCGUCCACCUGGAGGAGCUGGACCUGGGCGACAAUCGCAACCUGCGGGAGCUGGCUGCCGAGACCUUCCACGGCCUGGUCCGGCUCCACGCCUUGCACCUGUACAAGUGCGGGCUCAGCGCUCUGCCCAGCGGGCUCUUCCGGGGCCUGCACAACCUGCAGUACCUCUACCUGCAGGACAACCACAUUGACUACCUGCAUGAGGACCUCUUUGUCGACCUCGUCAACCUGAGCCACCUGUUCCUGCAUGGGAACAAGCUCUGGAGCCUCCACCAGAACACCUUUCGGGGUCUGGUCAACCUGGACCGCUUGCUGCUGCACCAGAACCAACUCCAGAACAUCCACCGGCGGUCUUUCCACGACCUCCGGCGCCUCACCCUGCUCUUCCUGUUCAACAACAGCCUCUCCGAGCUGCAGGGGGAGUCCCUGGCGCACCUGGGGGCCCUGGAGUACCUGCGCCUGAACGGGAACCCGUGGCACUGCGACUGCCGCUCCCGCUCCCUCUGGGACUGGCUGCGCCGCUUCCGGGGCUCCAGCUCCAGUGUUGUCUGUGAGUUCCCGCCACGCGUCCACGGCAAGGACCUGAAAGAGCUCCCAGCUGAGGACUUCCAGCACUGCUCCGGCUCAGAGUCCCUCCAUCAGAUCAACAGCCCCAGGUUGCCCUCAGCCGACAGGGCACCCCCCAGGGACCACCCCCCACUCCACUCCUCCACGGAGAAGGGGAAAGUGGGGGAGCACAGCCUCCAGCCCGGCCAGCGCCCCGGUUACAGGAAGCCCAGCAAGAACUGCACCAAAAGCCGUAACCGGACCACCAAGCUGGGGGCCCUGGGGCCCUGGAAGGAUGUGGAGAUGAAGGACUACGAGCACAAGUCCAACCUUGGCUUGCUGCCCAAGCAGAAGGGCAAGUGCCCACGGACACCCGUGCUGCCCCCCAGCGGGGUUCAGCAGGCGGCGGGAGGGACACGGAGCAUAGGGGCGAGGGCUGCUUCCAGGGCCACCCAGAUGGCUCUCCUGGGCUGGAUGUUGCUGGCCUUGGUGGUGAUCAUCCGCUGACCGGCCUGAUCGGAGCCACACUGAACCACCGCCGGCCUCUGGAGUCCCAGCGUUGUUUCUUCUUCUUCUUCUCCUCCUCCUCUGUGUCAAGGAUUUGGCCUUGUG